AACCUGUUUCACAGCCUAAAUAUAAAAAAAACUCUGCUUUUGUGGGGAAUUCUUAGUCUCAAAGUCUGCAAAACUGUCAAAUUCUGCACAGCAGUGUUGCAUAAUUCCAGUAUGAAAAACUGUUUCCUGAUUUCGUUUUUUUGUGUGGUGCACAACUAGUUGGGCCAAAAUUUUCUGUGAACCUAAAUUGAAAUGCGGGCCGAAUCAAAAUUUGCAAGGGGCCGGAUUUGGCCCCCGGGCCUCGAGUUUGACACGUGAUUCUAAAAUAACAUUUGUUAAAACAGACAUGGGUCUCAAUGUAAUCAAGAACUUGUGAACAUUUCAGCAGUCGGCGGAGUGUAAUUUUGUCCUUGAAAUUAUGGGAUGGGAGUGCUCUUUUUUUAUUUUUUUUUUGUGAGCCCAUAAAAAGGUGAGCAUGACCACCUCAUUACCUCAGCAAUAAAAGAAUACAGCCUCAGUGCAGUGUAAGCAAUGUCAGUGUGCAGAGUCCAACGGUUCGACCGGCUCAUUUUGUGGGAGAUGAUUGUCAAAGUCUUUCCUUCCAAGUUCAGACCAGCAACUGGUUUUCAGGGACCAUGCCCUCGGGGAAGACGGUUAAGCUCGUCCUGUAUGAGGUUCUGCAGCUUGCAGCACUUAUCGUACCCAUCUUUGUGAUUAUGGAGCGGUUUGCCAGCCUCAUACACGAUGUGAGAGGACGGGAUCUAACAGCCUACUGGCUGGUGGUGGCAGCCUCUAUUGCCUAUGUGACCUCUGUGACCCUGCUGGUGUGGGUUCCUCUGAAAUAUCUCAUUCUGAAGCGGCAGAGGUUUAUCUCAGAGAUCACACAGUGGAGACCAACAGCACUAGCGUAUCUCAUCCUGUGUACAUUACCGUGCUUUGCUAUUUUAAUAGCCAGCUCCAAGGUGCAGGUGGACAGAGGACACCGAAUUGACCAUUUCAUUGAGUUGCCUGUUUCCUUGGUACUUUUUUCCCUCAUCUGUGUGGAUGUCAUAGAGAGGAUUCGCCCCUGCAGGCUCGUCGGACAAUCAGGCAGCCUGGAUUCUGACUUUGACAUGCCAGGCCCCGUCCUCACCUACCUGGAACAGGUGACCACCGUAACAGGCCAGCUGCAUCCUGAUGAAGGCCAGAAUGGUUCGACCCAGGGCCACCCAGAGGCCAGGAAUGGCAGCACCUCAGGCAGAUGGCAGGACCUCGCUGGCUCACCCAGCCACUCGACACUCAGCUCACGAGCACCCGGCACUGCCUACCUGUAUUCCUCAUCGCCACGCCAACGAUCCUACUCGGGUUCUCUGGGCUUCCUGUUGAGGAAGGACGGAAGGUCAGAGGUGUUUGUGGAUAGUUUUCUGUUCUGGUUCGACACUGUGGAGAUGGUAAGAGUGGCAGGAGAGCCGUCAGUCUUCUACUCGGCCUGGGUGUUUCCUGUCUACAUCCUCGCCUUCGUGUCUACUCUCCGCAUGGUCAUCACUCCUCACAAUCCGUUAGUGUCUUCUGCUGGAGUUGCUCUGCAGGACCUUCCUUUCUUCAUCAUCCGGGUCGCUCUGAUUGUUGUGUUUGGUUAUGUAACUCCUGUGUUGUACACAUUGAAAAAUGUGCUGGUGAGCCUGACUUUUAUCUACUUUACAUUGCUGACUAGGCUGAGGAUUUUCAGAAGGCAGAGCAUGUUUUGAGGAGGAGUGGCGCAUUAUGUUGUUUAUGAAUGAUCCACUUUGAUUGUGGACUGUUGGAACAGUUGGUGUAUUUUUGUGUAGGGAGCAGCACCAGAGAAACGUGGAGCUGACAUGGAGCUGGUACUGGUGAUCAAGAAGAACACGCUUUGAAAUGUAAUGGCUGCAAAUGUAUUAUGAGGCCAUCCAUCCAAAUCAAAGUGUAAAAAAAAUUUAUUCUGGAUUUCAAACAAAAAAAGGUGUGUAGGUGGAGUGUACAGUAAGCCAGUUGUCAUUUUUUUUAAUCCAAAUGUAUUUAUUGAUACUUAAUUUUAUGUUACCUGCUACAUUUAAAAAAAAAAACACAUUUGUUGUAAACAAAAGCUUCUAAACCCUUUCAAACAUUAACUAUGUUAAAUAAAUAACCUCUGUGUUAACUCAGGUGUAAACAUUUUGACAAUAUUUUAAUUUACUUUAAUUUACUUAAUAUUUAUAAUGUGCCCACAGAGAAUUAUCACCUGACUUUGCAGCAGUGGAAACCCUUGAAUCAGUCUGGGGUGAUGCUUUUAUUGAUAAAUAUUGCAAUAUAAAUAAGUGCUAUGUAAAUUAUUUUUUUAUUGGGUAUUAUUACUUAAAACACAUGGUUACCGAUAAAAAAAAGCUUAUGCUUCUUUAACAUAACAAAUUAAAACAUCUCUUUAUUUUAAACAAUGUAUAAAAAAAACUCACCCUAGCCUUCAUUCUGACUGAAUUGCCAUUGUAUUUCACUUCAUUCAUUCAAUGUGGCAUACCUUAUGGAACAAUGAGUUAAAUAAGAAAAAUCAACAUCAAUAAUAUCUUUACCAAGGCACUUAUUAGAAUACGAAAAGUUAGCAACUGACUGAAUACACUUACAUUUUUUAACAGCUGCCACUGAGUGACCAAACUAGGUAACGUUAUGUAUUAUGGGCUUGUGCGGACUACAAGAUGUUUCCAUGACAAAUUUGUUUGAUCUGAGACACAAACAAAAACAGUUCAGUUGCAAUUUUCGUCUUCAGCAUAUAUUCGCCUCUAUCGCAGAACCAGCAGAUGGCUAUACUGUAUUUUCUUUUUUAUCUUGUCUUGCCUCUUCUAACUCACUUAACUCACUCAAAGUAGCAUCUGAUCCUCAUCUUUUGCCUGCAGGCACUGUGUGUGUAUGUCUGUGUGUGUGUGUGUCUGUGUGUGUCUCUGUGUGUCUGUGUGUGUUUUCAUGGCAAUAUGCCUCACUGAAUUGUAACCUUGGGCGUUGUAUAUGGCUGUAUCAAUAAAGGAUGCCACAGUGA